CCCGAAUCUUAUUCCAUCAAACCUCAACCGCAAAUACUCUCUUGUUCUUCUUCUUCUCCGUUCAAAAAACCCCCAAAUCCGACAAAAUGCAGAUCUUCGUCAAAACCCUAACCGGAAAAACCAUAACCCUAGAAGUAGAAUCCUCCGACACAAUCGACAACGUCAAAGCCAAGAUCCAAGACAAAGAAGGCAUCCCACCGGACCAACAACGCCUCAUCUUCGCCGGAAAACAGUUGGAAGAUGGAAGAACACUUGCCGACUACAACAUCCAGAAGGAAUCUACUCUCCACUUGGUGCUUCGUCUUCGUGGUGGGACCAUGAUCAAGGUCAAAACCCUAACUGGAAAGGAAAUCGAAAUCGAUAUUGAGCCGAAUGAUACGAUUGAUCGUAUUAAGGAGCGUGUGGAGGAGAAAGAGGGGAUUCCUCCUGUUCAACAGAGAUUGAUUUAUGCUGGAAAGCAGCUUGCUGAUGAUAAGACUGCUAAGGAUUAUAAUAUUGAGGGGGGUUCUGUUCUUCAUCUUGUUCUUGCUCUUAGAGGUGGUGCUUGUUCUGCUUCUGCUUAAUUAUUUUUAGUUAUGGAAUUGUGAAUUUUCGAUUUUUAAGCUUGUUAUUGUGGUACUAUUGUUGGAAAUUCUGGGUAUUUGGCCCUGUUACUGCUUAAUGAAUGAAUGAAUGGCUUAUUUAUGGUA